GAGCCUAUUAAACCGGACCGGGACAAAAAUGGAAACGAAAAAUGUGAUUCAAGCCGCAGGAAGGAUAAAAAUUCAAACUACGAGAGACACCAGCACACCGGAAGUCGCCGGAAGUGUGCUAAUUGUCGCAUGGAGCGCGACCGCGAAAAAUGGGAGAGAUUCCGUGAGAGUAAGCUCGAGGCGAUGCGUCAGCACAAGUACAACGUUGAGCGACGGAUGCGGUAUGACUGCAACACAGACAAGCGAUACUGGAGUCAGCGGCAUGAUAAAUUGAAACGAUACCCAAAGCAGGAAGCUCUAGAUCCAUCGUGGUACACGGACAACAUCUACUCGAAUCAGAGUGUGGAUGAAGAGGAAGAUUUUAGGGAGUUUGGAGGUGGUAGGAGGAUGCGCAAUGCCUACGGACGAAGAGACGUUAACGGAAAUGACGAUCGAUUCACCUUUAUGCCAAUCAAACCAACAACACCAACGAGGUAUGGAGAGUACAAAUAUCCAAAAUCAAGCAGCUACUCCUUCGGAGCUGAAUCGUAUGAAGGUGGUAAGAGGCAACGAGCCAUGGUGCCUAAGUCGCAUUCCUUCAGUGUUGGUCAAACAUCACCAAAAUGCCAUAGAGAUGCUCAGAAGCGCGAAGACUUCCAAUACCGACGACGAAACUAUUCCUAUGUCGAAGGUGCAGGAUCAUUCCCACCAUCCUUCAUGCGAAUUUGCGAUAGAGAUGGGUGCGUCAAUGAAUCCUGCUUAGCCAAGGGGAAUAAUCCAAUGAACAUCAGGAAUGAUUUGCAUCGCGUUGAGGAUUCCGAAGAUGAUGACUUCCCACUUGGUAUGUGGCGCUUGAAACGGCAUCUGAGGGAAAAGGCUCUAGCUGCUAAGCAGGCACGAAGUAGACGGUACUACUACGGUGAAGAACUAUCCCACAACGAUGAUAGCAGCGUCUAUGAAGAUGCUCAAGUGGACUGCAACGAUAGACGACGUCGCAGCAGUUUUGUUGACGAAAUGGAACAAUUGAUCUGCUGCGAUAGACCAAAGGUAACGAAACGUUCCGUCUACGAUGAUGAUGUCUACCCCAUGUCCGACUACAGGUAUGGAACGAAAACCAAGAGUAUGCUCGAAGUUAAACCUCCCAGCAAGUACGAUGAUAGCUCAUCUGGCUCUACAGACAUCGAACUGGAUGAUUUUAAUUUUGAUUUUGAGAAAUACUGGGAGGAGUUGGAUAAAUCUCCAUCGCCCGAGGAGGAUAUCCAAUUCAAGAACUCCAACAUUGUAGGAAGGCCAAAGGUGAAGAAUAGCAACGUGGAGAGGUAUAACAAUGGAAGUCUCGUUGAGGGUAUACCAACGGCUGAGGAGUUGUUGCUGUAUGAACCACCACCGCCAAUUCUGAAAGCGCCAUCAGCUUCACUCGAUCCCCCGCAACCUGAGGGGUACAUCAACAAUCUCGGCUACAGCGAACCCUACGUUCCGGCAUUCUAUCCACCUCCAACGCCGGUGCACAAACUUCCGCAAUUUACGCACAAAGUCUACCCUGAAAUGCAUCCUGCACACCACAAGUAUACAAAUUUCUACCCUCAAGAAGCCUACGUGCAGUCCCCACCACCUUCCAAUGCCAUCAGCCUAAUUAACAACAUCUUCUCAAUCUACAAGCCAAGCAAGUACUCCCCACUGAACUGCCAUACACAGCAAAUAAAGCCUGAGCCUUGUAAGAAAAUUCUCAUGCCUAGUACGAUUCGUCCACUUGGUGAGCAUAGCUUCCUCACGUCCGUAAAGCGACCACUACUUGUGAAGCCAAUGUCCACCCAAGAGCAGGCACAGUUUAAGAUUAUUCCCGAAAAGACUGGCCUGCGUAUUUCACCUCUAUAUCGCUUUGACUUUGGUAGUGGUGCAAAGAAGAAGCUCAAAUUGAAAAGUACAGCGCGGCCAUUGCUCUUUCCACAUUGACGCCAUCUGAGCGGUCGUCUUGGGAACUUUGUACGCGUCCUUUUGGGUACUUAAUUUCCGGAAUCUCUCCCAAAAGCAAAAUCAUUGUGAUUUAACGUGCGAACCUGUUGAGAUUAUAGCUUUGCCAUGAACAAUGCGGAUUUCUCCACUCAAAGUGUUAUUAGGAUGAUAAAUUGAGUGCAGAAGAGCUGCGUGGGCGAAAAAAAAUGCCCCACAAGACGUCCUGUCGAAGGAGACAGGAUGCAAAAAGAAAAAUGAUAGUAUUGUUGUUACUAAAAGAAAAUUAAUGAUGUUACAGAAACCACUAAUAGGACAUAGUAAGAGCGUAUUUUUACAAUACAAAAAAAUGACUAAAAGAGUUUAUAUAUGGAAAUGCAUCUUCAGUAUAAUUAAUGUAAUGGAUUCUUAAGGGAAGAAAAAUCACAUAAAAGCCCUCAAUUUGCACUGCUAACAAGUCGACAUUCAGCAUGUCAUAAGUUGAUACCAUAAUAAGCUACAUAAGAUAAAAACAUUAAAAAAUUAUAGCCAUUAACGAAGAUAAAUUCUCUCACAAGAGAAUUUCAGUAGACUAAAAUUUUAAAGUCUCUUUAGGGGUUAGAGUGGCAGAGAGGAGGGGAUAAAAAAGGUAUAUAAAUUAAGGAUAAAUUUAAUGUUAUGGACAUUGUAUAAAUGAAAACAUAAAAUGUGACAUAAUUACGCCCGAAUCUUAUGAGAACAAAAAAACAUUUAUAAAAUAUUUCUGAAUCACGGAACCGUCCGUUUUGCACCAUCACCUCCUGCCCCUAAAUAGUUUUCAAUUCCAUCUCUAAAAAACCACUCUGUUCCAGAAAAAAAAAAGAUUAACUAACAUGACACGAUAUCGAGACACCUCAUCUGAGUUUCGCCUCUUCGUUUUAUCAUUUUUUCUCUUCGUUUUUUUUUGUUUCUCCUCAAAUGGGGUUGAUGUGGGUGAAAUGCUGAUUUUCCUUUGAAGCUUUUCUUUGGGUUUUGUUAAAGAAAAACUCAAUCCGUAUUACCAAAUAAUUGUGUCCUAAUUGGUUAAUUAAAUAACUUAGGUAAAGACAGUUAAAGUGAAAGCGUUUUAAGAAAAGAAUUUCAGGAAAUAAUUUAUUAUGUUAUGUACAGAGGUAACAUUUAAGCUUUUCGUUUAAUCUCUUUUUAUUCAUUUUAUGAUUUAGAUCUAUUUUAAAGAUUUAUUUCUAAACUUAAUUUCUUUUUAAAUCAGAAAAUCGUUUAACCUGAAUACAAAGAUUCCUGGAUAGAAUUUAUUUUUAAGUUUUUCUAAUAGAAUAAUUUGAGAAAAAUAUAAAUUCUUGAAAUAGGAAGAAAAAAUUGGAAGAGGGAAAUAAACAAUUUAUAUCUCUACACUAGUUUCGAAUAAGAACGGAAUAUUAAGGAAGAAACCAGAAAGAAAUGUAAUAAAAUUUAUGGAGCAGAAUAUUGAAUUUCCUGUCAACUACAUAUAAAAAUUUAUAGUCAUGAUACGAGCUUUUAAAAAAAUCCCCUUUCAACAUUUUUUUUUGCGUGAUUGUUAGUUUCUUGAAGAUCUCUGAAUUUUCGGCUUAGACAAAUAGUAGCUUAAAUUUUAAAGCUUACGAAUUAAUGCUGAGCCUUGUAAAAAAUUCAUCUUAAUACAUAACAAUCGUACUAUAAUUUAGUAGAUUUUGACUGAGAAGAUGGAAAAAAGAUCUUUUCAUGGAUUAAACAAACAUUGAAAGCUCCAUAAAACGGCAUUUCCCUCCUAUCAACCACCCAAAAAGCUCGUUUAAUUCUUUUGUUAUAUGCUUAAACUAUACAUACAGUGAACUUUCAGAUAACAAUGUUUGUAUAAUUUUAAAUUCGUUUCAGAUUCAGCAUAAAAAUUGCAUAAAAUACCAAUAUUAUGAAUCAAACUUUAAUACAAUUUUUCUAACAACAUAAAGAGGAAAGAUUUUGAAUUAUCUGUUCUAUCAGAACAAAAUCCUGUAUUUUAUUCAACAAACUUCAAAAUCCCGUCAUCUGAAACCUCACUGUGUACAUACCUUUAGUUUGGAAAAGGCGAAAAUUCCUUAUUUUCAAAUUACAUUCAUUUUAUUGUCUUUUAGUGGACGAAAGAAUUUUCAUUAAACAACAACUUUCAGGCAUUUUAUCUAUUUUCCCGGUGUACCAUUUCCAGAAUUUCAGAGUGGAUAACAAAGAAAACAAGAAAAUUUCGUAUUUAGAACGUAUCAUUUUAGCCACAGACAACACACAAAAAACACAUUUGGUGUUGGGUCCAAAAGAAAACCUUAAUAGAUAUCGUAAAACUCUUGUAAUAUGUAUAAAAUUAUGUGAAUAUGAUAAAAAGAAAAAAAUAUUUGUACGAAGCUUCUCAUUUCCCUGCACUUCCCCACCUCCCCGUUGUUACCACAUAUAUGGGAAGGCGGGGAGUAGGAAUAAGAAAACUGUCUGAAUACUUUUAUCGCUGAUUUAUGGCAUUGGCGAGAAGUUUCAAGUGUGGUUAAACUUUUUUCGGAGGUUUUGCCAUUUGGGAGAUUUAUGUUGCAAACUUACAUUUGACAAACAAAAUAUACAAUAGUUGUAGUUAAAACUUGCUGGAUUUAAUGUUUAAAUGUGUGAGCGAGUGCUGAGCAUUCCCACAGGACAAUUUUACACGUGAACUUUUUGGGAGGGGAAAGUUUGGGCAGAAAAGAGCGCAUUAGGACAGUUGUACAUUAUUUGAAGGGAAAUCGAUGGAAAAAAAGACCAAAAAAGAAACAUUUUAUUGAUGAAAAAAAGUCUUAGGAAAUUAAGGAUUUGGAUUUUCUCCGAGGCUGUCACUUUGUCUGCACUUUUCGAAAGAGAAAAUUCUUCAACAAAAUCCACUUUAGAGUCUUCUUAAAUUAUUACAUCACGACGUCAAAGUUUGGAAAUGAUUUAAAAUCAAUUAAAUUCUUCUGGAAGUUUUCUCUUUUUUUUUUAAAUCUGCAGACAAAGCGUGGAGUUUAGGAUAUUUCUAAGGAAAAAAAAAAGAUUUUACAAGGAAUACCUUUAAAAUGUGAUUUGUGACAUCAAUGUAAUUUACCAAAGUAUAAAUAUUAAAUAUCACCAUAAUUAAAAGAAAUAACCUUUACCAAAAAAAAACAUCCUUUAUAUUUUUUGAUUAGCUAACCUACAUUAAUUAAAAGAAAACAAUUUUAUCCAAAUCGUCAUUGAAAGUCAGUAUGUGAGUGUGUAAAUAAGAAAUCCCCGAAAGAAAUGAAUAAAUAUAGUGGAGAAAAUACAUUAAAUGUGGUUGAAGGUUAAAAUAGAAAAUAAAAUUCAAAGAGAACCAUAGAGCACACGCCUUUAUAAAAAUGUUAUUAAAUGAUCAUUGACUAGUGGUAAUGUCCCAUUUAAACGGAAAACAUUAAAUGCAUUAACUAACGAUAAUAUGACUACAUAAAAUGAUUAUUAAAUUAUACACACAUUACAUUAUUAUAUACAAUAAAAUAUUGUGAGUAAAUUAACAGAGAGAAUUAUAUAGUAAAAAAAUAAAUAAAAAUAAAAAAUAUCAUACACCACAAUUUCCCAUAAGAAUAAUGAGAAAAAAAAAGAAAAUUCAAAGCAUAAAAAAGGUUUAUUGGGAAACAAUGAAAGAAAAUCAUCGUAAUGUAAAUUAUAUUAAAAGAAAAAAUACAUAGAAAAGACAUAAAUGUUGAUAACUAAUUGUUAAAUGCACCUGGAACAAAAACCAUAUACCUUUAUUGUCUAUAUGUAAUUAUCCUACCAAUGGUAUUAUUGAGGUAAAUUUCUUUUAAAGGGAAAACAACUUUUCUUUUAUACAACAAAACAAAAAACUGUACCAAUUCAGUAUUUUAUACUGGAAAUUAAGAGAAUUUCAGAAGAAAAAUAUUUUAACAAUUUUGUUGAGGUAAUUUUAUGCAGGACGAAAAGUUUUGUUUUCAAUGCAUUUAAAAAACUUAAUUUUUGAUAAGAAUCUUUGUGAAAUUUUAUUUAUUAUCUCAGAUAUCACAUAAAAUAAAUCGAAAGCUGUGGUAAACCUUGCAAAAAAAUAAAGGAAUAAUCACUUUAAA